AUGGAUAAUGAAUUGGAACUCUUGUUAAAUAAGAAGAAACUUUAUUGGAAACAAAGAUCCCGCAUGGAUUGGUUACAUCACGGCUACCGUAAUUCAAAGUUCUUCCACAGGAAAGCAUCAGCCCGGAAGGUUAAUAACACUAUGCAUGGCUUAUUUGAUGACAAUGGCAACUGGAGAACUGAUAAUGAAGUGCCACAGAUCCAUACGGUCUCUAACCUUAUAAUUGAAAGGAAGUGGAACCUAAGCUUAUUAGAAGAGUUCUUCAACCCGGUAGACGGGGAGGCUAUCCAAAGUAUCCCUCUUGGAAAAUUCUCGACCCCUGACCAUCAAUAUGGAGACACUCCAAGCAUGGUGAAUAUUGUGUUAAAUCUGGAUACUGUAGUGAACAACGAGGAAGGGGUGAUAUCCAUUGGGGCUGUAAUCCGUAAUCAUCGUGGGAAGGUAGUGGGAUCGCUGGGCAAAGUUGUAAAUGGAAAUUAUUCUUCACUCACAGCGGAAAUGUUAGCCAUCAAAGAGGGACUGAAAUUUGCAGCAGAAAUUGGGUUACGGGUUCACAUUGCAGAAACGGAUUCCCUGCUCUCGGUCCAAAUCAUCAACCUUCAUUUUCUGUUCUCUCCUGUGCUGAAUGUAGCUGAGGACUGCAGACUUCUCAUGGCUUGA